GCCAGAGCAGCACCACGGACACGGCCCGGCCUCCCGCCCGCUGGGGCGGCGGCUGCGGGGGGACCGCACGGCGGGGCCGGGCCGAGCCGCGCUCCGGCGGCGGGGCAGCUGUGCCCAUGGGGCGCGGGGGAGGGAAGAGCUCUGAUGCUUGAGGCAGCGGCGGCGAAACGGACCCGAGGGAGAGAACAGGCGGGGAAGCGACGGCGGGUCAGACCGGCACCGGGGCUCUGCUCGGACGGUUUUACUGGGCUACGUGAGCGCUCGGAGCUGACCUUCCUCCCCACCGGCCGCGGGAGCCCCGCUCGCAUCGCUCCCCGGCCGCCAGAAGCCCGGUGUUUUUCCCUCUCCCGGUCCCCGUGCCCAUCCCGGAGCGCUCCCCCUGCCGCCGCGCCGGUGCUCCCUCUCCUGGCGUGACCUUCCCAACAUGGCGGCUCCGCUCCUCCGCCGCCGCCGCCAGGGCCUCCCCGGCGAGGGGCGGGGGCGGCUGUCAGCGGGCGGGGCGGGCCCGGCCGGGCCGGGCGCUGCGGGGCGGGCCCGGCGCCGCGCACUGUGACGGGCGCUCGGCCGGCAGACGGCGGCCGCGCCGGGGUGCAGAGCCCGCCGCGCCUCCCACCGCCGCAGAGGAGCCGACGGGGAGACGGCGUCGCCUCGGCGGGGAGACGCGGGGCGAGCGGCGCUGGAAAGCCCCGACCGCCCCCGUACCUGUGCCCUCCGGGGGCGGCGAGUGGGUGUAGCCGCCGCCGAUCACCUGGGAACCCGCCCCGCAGCGCCUCCGCCUCCCGUCCUCGCCCGCCCGGGGAAGGCGCCACCGCCACUGCGAGCGAGGGAGCUCCGGGCGGCCGCGGGCGAUAGGAGCGGGGCCCGCGGGCGGAGCGAGGCGAGGGCUUGCGGCACCGGUGGGGCUCGCCCGCUCCCGGCAGCCGGGACGAGGCGGGCGGCAGGGGCGGCGGCCCCCGGCCGGCGGCGCCCGCGGCAGGAUGAACCCCAAUGUCACCUACGCCAGUCGCAAGCGGCGGAAACCUGUGCAGAAAAUUGUAAAGCCGUCCCCAGCUGAAGGAGUCAAGUCCAACCCGUCCAAGAGGCACAGGGACCGCCUGAACGCGGAGCUGGACCGCCUGGCCAGCCUGCUGCCCUUCCCGCAGGAUGUUAUUGCCAAGCUGGACAAGCUCUCUGUGCUAAGGCUCAGCGUCAGCUACCUGAGAGCUAAAAGCUUUUUUGACGUUGCAUUAAAAUCAUCAAGCUCUACCAGACCAGAAAGAAAUGGCAUUCAGGAAACCCCUAGAACAGGAAAGUGUGGAGAAGGGAUGCAGAUCCUGGAAGGAGAACUCCUAUUGCAGGCAUUAAAUGGAUUUGUGUUAGUUGUUACAGCAGAUGCUCUGGUCUUUUACGUCUCUUCUACUAUCCAAGACUACUUAGGAUUCCAACAAUCUGAUAUUAUACACCAGAGUGUAUUUGAACUGAUUCACACUGAAGACAGACCUGAGUUUCAACGACAGCUACAUUGGGCAUUAAAUCCUGCCCAGUCAGGGGAUUCUGCUCCAAGUGUACAAGGAGAUAAUGGCUUUUCACAGCCAGCAACCUAUUAUAACCCAGACCAACUUCCUCCGGAGAAUUCUUCCUUUAUGGAAAGGAAUUUCAUCUGCAGGUUACGAUGUCUCCUGGAUAAUUCAUCUGGAUUUCUGGCUAUGAAUUUUCAAGGACGACUGAAGUUUCUCCAUGGACAAAACAAGAAAGGGAAGGAUGGUGCUACUCUGUCUCCUCAGCUUGCACUGUUUGCAGUAGCUACUCCCCUGCAGCCACCAUCUAUCCUUGAGAUAAGAACCAAAAACUUCAUCUUCAGAACUAAACACAAACUGGAUUUCACACCUACUGGCUGUGAUGCAAAAGGAAAGAUCGUCCUGGGAUACACUGAAGCAGAGCUGUGUAUGAGAGGAACAGGAUACCAGUUUAUACAUGCAGCUGAUAUGCUUUAUUGUGCUGAAAAUCACAUCCGAAUGAUGAAGACAGGUGAGAGUGGAAUGACUGUAUUUAGGCUUCUAACCAAAGAAAAUCGAUGGGCCUGGGUACAGGCAAACGCACGCCUUGUCUACAAAAAUGGAAGACCAGAUUACAUCAUUGCCACGCAAAGACCUCUUACAGAUGAAGAAGGGGCAGAACAUCUACGGAAGCGUAACAUGAAGCUGCCCUUCAUGUUUGCCACUGGUGAGGCUGUGUUGUAUGAGGUAUCUUUCCCCAUGUCGAGCCUUAUGGACCCCUCUCAACCGAAGAGUAAAAGCACGGUGGGAAAAGGAGCCAAAGCAACGCUGCACGAUGACUCUGUGGAUCCAAACUCCCUCCUAGGUGUCAUGUUAAGGCAGGACGAGUCUGUUUAUCUCUGCCCUCCAGCAUCACAUAAGCUUUCUUUUGAGCGGAACUUCUUUGCAGACAGUAGGGAUGAACUGGGCGGUGUUGUUAGCAGUGGCUGGACGGACAAUCUCCUACCUGCUGGAAAUCACAGCAUUCUCAAACGAGAGCUGAUGGGCUGUUCCCCGGACAGUACUGUUCCACUUCCUGAAGACAGUGCAGCACUCUUUCAGGAUAACAAAACCAGUGAUUUGUACAGCAUCAUGAAAAAUCUGGGCAUUGACUUUGAAGAUCUAAAGUGUAUUCAGCAGGAUGAGGAGUUUUUUAAAGCUGAGUUAUCUGAUGUUGGGGAUGAUAUUGGGGACAUCAAUAUAACUGACGAAAUCCUGACUUAUGUUCAGGAUUCCUUAAAUAAAUCUGACUUCUUGUAUUCAGACUGUAACCAGCAGCAGCCCUUGGUCCAGAAUGAAGGUUGCAUGGUACAGCAAGAUCCACAUCAACUUCAUCAGCACCAGAAGCAGCUUGUAGAACAGCAACAACAGCAGCAGCAACAGCAGCUCUGUCACAAGAUGAAACAUAUGCAAGUCAAUGGGAUGUUCACAAAUUGGAGCUCUGGCAUUCCUCUUAGCUGCUCACAGGAGCAGCCCCAGCAAUACGUGUUCCCUGGCAUGCAUGCCAGUACAUCUGAGUUCUCUUACAAAUCAGAAGUUAACACUUCACCUUACGAGUGUAGGCAAGACUUUGUUCCUUACAAGCAACCCACAGCGAUGAUGCCACAGCUUUCUAAUUUUGCUCAAAUGGAUUUUCCUGCAGCAGGUUUUGAUGUAUCGACCUAUUCUGCUUCUUCCAACUUUGAGGAUUUUCUCAGUUGUCUGCAGCAAGUCCCUGAAAACCUUGAGUGUGGGGUAAACUCUGAGUCGGUUAUGCUCGCUCCUCAAACAUGCUACGCCGGCGCUGUUUCCAUGUACCCGUGCGCGCAGGAGGCACAGCCCGCCUGCGUGGACCAAAUGCAGUAUGAACCUAUGAUGACAAAUCAACAGCAGCAAACAGUGGGGAACAAGUUCCAAAAUGGUUUCAAUGGAGGAAAUGUAAAUGAAUCAUAUCCCUCACAGUUAGAUGUGAUCAGUAAUGCACAGACUGCCACACAUCUUCAGCCUCUUCAUCAUCCAAAAGAACCCAGAUCCUUCUCAGAUUUGGCAUCUAGUGGAUUUAUGUGAUUCAGAUCUAGAGCUCCAUCUGUGAUUUUGUCUGGGUGUCAGGCUGCUCUGAGGAAAAGCUUGAUAAGUCUCUCUCUGAGCGUCAGACUCUAACAGCUAAAUUGCAUUUUGAGAAUAUGAGGUUGGUUGCACUAUAUACGGGUGGACAUGUAAUUCAAGACCUGGCUUUUUAGAAUGGCAGGUGGAAUUAAAUCUUCCGAUUAAAAGUAUGCAUGUGCUGUUUUCCAUCAGGCUGACUGUGUCCUUGCAGUAUGGAUUGCAUACAUACUACAGACUAUGUCAUGCUAUGAACAUAAGAUAAGGCAAAUGGUUUUGUUUAGAAAAUAAUUGGGCACUUUACAAAUAGCAUUGAUGGCACAAGGAAGGUGAUUUCACAUGUGGAUUAUUUCCAGACUUUAUUUUUAAAAAACUAUUAAAAAGCUCUAAAUUCAUGAGAAUCAAAAGCACCUAAUUUUAAUGCAUACUAAGCUCUGUAAUCACUUAUUUUGUAUUUGAAUCCUUUUGUUUUAAGUCUCCAUUUCUAGCACUUUAAUAGAAGGCUUAAUACAAGGAUAUGAUAUGCAACUUCAGGUUUUCUAUGAAACAGACCCCUUGCAUUCCUCCUUUUCAUGUCAACCUUAAGUGCCUCACAAUUUAGCUACCUUGUUUCUGAUGGGAGUUUAUUUUAGCAAAACUCACUAUAAAUGUCAUCUCUAGUAUGUGAACUUUUAGGUAACAUUGCUACUGGCUAUGUCUUUUUCUUUCCCUCUAACAGUUAUUUGUUUAGAGAGUGACUUAAUUCACCUGUGGAUUUGUUACACUAUUAUCAGGAGUUGUUAAUGUUUUGAGUUCAGUUCAGCUAAAGAAUCUGAGUUAAUUCUAUACUGCUUUUCUGCUUUCUUCAGGUAAUACAGGGUAUAUUAAAAAAGCAGAUUUUGCUGAGGGGGAGGAGCAGAUCCUCAGGAUUAGUUUUAGAUUAUUAAUGCUGAAAAACAUGUGCCUUAUCUUGUGUUAAAACGCUCAUAAUGUUCUUUAGAAAUAAUACAAGGAUGCUCUAUGCAAAUAUUUUCAUUAAAAUGGGUAUUGAAAAGGAUUGCAUUUUCAAUAAAAGGGGUAAAGGAGUCUCACUAGUGAUUGGCAUUGACAUUUUGACUGCAAUUUUCAAUGUUAUUAGUGGGGAAAGGGUCAAUUUGGUUUCAGUUUUAUCCCCGACAAAUUGCACUGCAAAGAACAGAGAGGUUAUUCUUCUUGUGUAUGUUGAUCCAUUUGGAGAGCUUUGUGCAAAAUAUGAAAUUGGGGAAAGAAAAAAAUCAUUAGAGAAAUUCUUCUUGCAAUAGGUUUUAUUUUCAGGAAAAAACCCAAACUAAACAUAUCCACUAAACAUUCUGGGGUGGUUUUUUUUGCUUUUAUCUGAGGACUGUAAAAUUGCAGACACCAAUGUUUGGUGCAAAAUAAUAAUCUACGUGAAAAAUACAGAAAUGUGUAUAUGUUCAAAAUGUUUCAUACUCUUGUGUGUUGUAUAGUUCAUAUAUAAUAAAAUGUCUUUGUAAAAUAUUUUAAACAGUUAAUUUUAAAGUAUUACAUCAUUAUAUGUUAAGAACAAUUUUAUUACAUUUGUUAUAUAUAAUGUAAAAUGGCAAUUUAGCCAAUUUGUUUGAAACAGGUAAAAGUAAAUUGGCUCCCUCCGGAUAGUUGUUAAUAUUGUUUAAUAAAGGACAAUCACUUAAAAUCAGAA